UCACACUUACUUGAAGUAUAUUGCAUGUACAAUUGUGUUCAAGUUUAAAAUACACAGCCACUACUUUCUUGGUUAAUUCUGGUCGGCGACAAUCUCGUUGAUGGCAUCACGCAGUUGGCGAAGCAACGAGCGAGAGUCGUGGCGACGAAAGUGGCGGCGACGGCGCCCGGCAUCUUCCAACAACGUGUUAAGGUGCUCGUUAUAUCGGUGCACUUUGUGCUUUCCUUCGUCCAGAAGUUCUGCCUUGAUAAGCCCCCCCCUCGUGUGCCCUUUGCCUCGGUGCUUGGCAGUCCCCAUGAACACACUGUCGUCAGUGUCGUGCCAGGGGUCGAUUGGCUUUACGUCAUCUUCUUCUUCCUCGUCGGCCGACUCCAGGAGGAGGGUGUCGAGGGUGUCGGGGUCUUGACCCGUCGCGAGUACACCGUCCGAUUCAGAGUACACUGCCCACUGGAGCUGAUGGUCGUCGUGGUUGCUGUGGCUUUGCACAGCAUCCGUCAAUUGUCCGUUGGAGAUGAUUUGCAUGCCGCCGUCGAGAGAUCCUAGAAGCGAGUCGACGUAGUCGGGCUCGGUCAACUCAGAGCGAAACGGGGGACUGUUGUCUCCGUUGAAGGCUUCGAUGCCAUCUUGUAGCUCGGUUCGAGUGGACGAAUGAUGUUGUUGGGCCACGGGCGACGGGUGCGUCGUGCGGUGGCUAGAUUGAGAAGCAGCCGAAUGAGCAGUAGCAGUGUCGUGCUUGUGAUGGUUGAUCAACCAUUGGCGAUCGGCGGACGCAGUGCUGGCGGCGCAAAGUGCAACAACGAACGCAAGUUUCAUGGCAAAUUGGAAAAUGCAUGUAGAAGUGGGAGCUUGACAAAUG